UUUAAGGGGAAGAUCAAACUCAUGGACGGUAGUUGUCCUAGGAGAGAGAGGCUCUCGCUUCUCUCUUCCUCUUCAGCUAAACCCCUCCGUGGUUUUCAUCCCGAACCGUUUCGGUGGCAGGUUUGUUUUUCCCUUUAGUUUUCUUCCUUUAUCCUAUCACCCAAAUCUUCCUCUUCUAUAGAUCUCAGGUUACCUAUCCCUACCUUUCUCCCAAUUUUCAACUCUCAGUUUCUUCACACAACAGGUGCACGUCUCCCUCACCAAUCAGUUUUUUCAACGAAUGUUCACCGGUUCGGUGCUCCGACUUCGGUGUUGUAUCGUAUGUCUUACAACGGCACGUCAGCGUUUCUGCUGCUGCCUUUCUCGAUUCCUAUUUCUUUUUUAUGUUUUCUUUGGUUACCGUUCCGCCUGGCAUUUUCUUGCCUGGCGAUCUGCUGAUGGUGUUCGAUGGCGUUUUUGUCUGGUUUUGAGAUUUGGUUGUUGGAUUCUGCAUGGGAUUUGGUGUGUUCACCAGUUGCAUUCCUCGUGGUGUCUCUGUAUCACGCAAUGGAUCGGUUUGUGGCGGUGUUAGCACCAGCUAUUUCCUUCUCCGUUGGGUCUACAAUUGGGCUGAACCUGUGGUGGUGCUCCGAUGUCUGGAUGAACUGGGUGUAUUCCAAUUUUCUGAUGGCAAACAGUACUGUGACGUCUCUGGGUCACUUAACUAGUCGACAGGUGGCUGGUUAUGUUUAUGCUGCUGUCCAUUCCUCCCUUGGAGGGUUUGCUAAUUGGAUGGAUAAUGAUGGGUUGUUCCCACUUGUUUUGUUUAUCUUCUGUUUGUUUGCGUUUUCCCCACACUGUGGGCUUUGUAAGUGUGUUUGUGUUUGUAAAGUUUUGUUUAUCUAAUAAAAAUUAUCCUUCCACUGCCAAAAAAAAAAAAAAAAAAAAAAAAAAAAAACUCAUGGACGGUAGUUCACUAAACCCUACUUCAGCCACCGUUAGAACUUGUAUGAAGAGAAAACAUUAGAAAGAAAUAGAUUACUUAAAAACUGUGUUGCGAUCAGUCUAUCAUAUGAAACGAUUCUUCAGUGGUUACCUCAGAAGAAUCGUUUCUGUGCACUACUCUACCAUAUUUUCUGUUCUAUAUAUUAAAAAAUCUGGCGAUAAAUAGCUAUCGAAGAAGUUAAAAAGCAUGAGUUCUUUUAGCCGGGAAAACGACUGCCGCCGGCCAAUAUGUUGUUCUCCGACUCCCCGUUUUAUCCAAGUUAUCUUGGAUGAUACUUCUAGAGACGUCAAACUUGGCAUUCCAAAGAAAUUUGUGAAUGAAUAUGGUCAGUGUCUAUCAAAUUCAGUAUGUCUUAAGCUUCCAAGUGGCUCCGAAUGGGAAGUAGAAGUGACAAGAAGCAAUGGAAAGGUUUGGUUUGAGAAGUGUUGGCCAGAGUUCUCAAAGUUUUACUCUCUUAGCAUCGGUGAUUUUCUAGUUUUUGAAUAUGAAGGGGAUUCUGAAUUCCACGUUUUCAUAUUUGAUAUAAGCACCACAGAGAUUGACUAUCCCAUAAAAAGGCCCAAGAUGGAAGAAGCUCCUGAAGAUGAAUUCUCUGUUGAAAUCUUGGAGGACAUUCCACCCAGCCCAAAAACAAGGGAGAAAACUCCAUUACCGUGUCGUCAAUCUUACAAGAAAAUGAAGACAAGUUUGACUGGUAAAACAGACCAGAUGUUUGAAAAUGAGAACACCGAACCUUUUGAGAAUCCAAAGAAAAACAAAGAUUCUCAUUGCUCUGCAUCAAAAAUCAAAAGUGUAAGUGGUUUUCCAGCAAAAAUAGAUGGCGGAGGCUCAUCUAGCACUGAGAGGUUUUUAAAGCAAUCACCUGAGUUUUGUGGGGAGAAGCAUACAUCAAAUAUAAAUGAAAAAGCCUUAAUACAGAGAAACAUUGCUUCCAAAUCUGAAAAGCCUUAUUUCAAGGUUGUCAUGCAGCGCUCAUAUAUUCAAAAAGGUUAUUUGUCUGUGCCAUCUGCGUUUUCCAAUAGACAUCUUACAAAGAAGCCUGCUACUGUGAUCCUUCAAGUUUUGGAUGGAAGAACUUGGUCCGUUCAAUUGAAGUAUCAUCAUGAACGCUCAGAAGCUAGAUUCCAGAGUUGUUGGCCACUAUUUGUAAGGGAGAAUAAUUUGAAAGUUGGUGAUGCAUGUGUCUUUACCUUAAUUAACUGCAUUGCAUUUGUAUUUGAAGUGGUCUUUUAUCCUGCCGCAGAAGCUGCAAAUUGCCCCUUGUCACCAGGUGGAAGAGGAGCAAUUUUUCAAGUCAAAAGUAAGGGAAGUCCGAUAAUAGAAGUAGAAUCUGAAUGCGGUGUGAUAUGUGGAAUUGGUGUAUCUGGCUCUCUUGAAACUGGUAAGUCCACUAGAAAUAGAAAUUCCCAAAUUAAGGUUAACGAAUGUAAUCAGAUAAAUAUAUGUGUCUAGGUGAUUUUGUCAUAGGCAAGAACAAAAUUUCAAAGACAAGUGUGCAGGUUACUGAAAGGCCCUUUUCAUCUUUGACGGCUCCAUUGGAUAAUCAUCAUGAAGCUGCCAACAACUUCGUCUCAGAGAAUCCCUUUUUCAAAGUCACUUUGGGUUCCUCCCAUAUGGAGAAGUCAGUUGUGCAUGUACCAGCUAGUUUUGCUUGGAGUUUCAUUAAAAGGAAGAAACAAAAAGUGAUGCUUCAGGUCACAGAUAGAUUGUGGCCUGUGGAUUUGAUAGCAUUUAAGCCAUCUUUAGCUUCAUUUUCUACUGGCUGGGCCACAUUUGUUGAGGAAUAUUCAUUAAGAGUCGGAGAUGUUUGCAUAUUUGAGCUUAUGGAGAUGAAUGAUGACAUUAUACUACAAGUUCAUUUUUUCAGAUGUUG